GUGUUGAGGGUUGGUUUGUUGGGUGGUAGGUUAGAGUCAGUUUGAAGUUAGUGGGACGGUUGGGGACGAAUUAAUAUCCAUCAACCCGGCCACCCCGCAGCCCAUGACUAGUGGAUUUCCCAAAGAGGAAGGCGGUUGACGACACCACGGUCCCUGCAGAAGAAAAAAAAACUCCGCAGCUGUGCCUCCCAUAUUUGUGACUUCGAAUUACCAUCACGGCGAGCUCGCGACCCACAAAAGACAUGGUUCCUGUGGCAGCAUCGCCCUUCUUGCUGGCUACGGCCUUCUGGGCUUUGUUCAGUCCAAUAGCUGCCCUGCCCUCUCGCAAUAACCAGCAUGUACUGACAUCUACUGCCCCGCACUCGGGCGUGACUCGUCCCCGGCCAGCCCACGCCACGCGCCAGAAUGACAGUCUCUGCGAUGCCGGCAGCGCGCAAUGGACAGGGACAGUGCCGCUGGGCAAGGGCCGCGACAUGUUUUUCUGGUUCUUCGAGAGCAGGGGGAAUCCAGAAACGGACCCUCUGAUCAUUUGGCUAAACGGCGGCCCCGGUGGAUCUUCAAUGAUGGGGGCCUUCUUUGAAUUAGGCCCUUGUCUCGUUACCGAGGAAGGGGAUCACACGGUCCGCAACCCUAGCAGCUGGACCAAUGUGGCCAAUAUGGUGUUUGUCGACCAACCCAUUGGUGUGGGAUUCUCAGACCCUGGGGAUCCAAGUCUCUGGGCGGAGAAUCUCGAUGUCGCCGCCGUUGAUUUCGACAAGUUUUUUGACGGCUUCUUUGCCCUGUUCCCCGAACAGGAAUCCGGCAGGGAGCUGAUCUUUGCCGGGGAGUCGUUUGGUGGCAAGUAUGUGCCCAUUUACGCGUCUCGGUCUCGACGGACUUUCGAUUCCAUCAUCCUUGUGGAUCCGUAUAUCGACUACACUCACGAGGCCCUUGGGUUGUACGAGCAUUUCUGCGUCAGUGGCGAGGAACGGGUAGGUAUAAAUAAGACGGAGUGCGAGGCCAUCGAGAGAGCGUAUCCGACCUGCGAGAGGCACGGCGAAAUCUGCCGGUCGACCUACGAUCCUGUCCUUUGCAAGACUGCCAUGGUUGUCUGCGACGAGACAGUCGCGUCCCAUCUCGGCGGCGGUCCUCAUGGCCGAAACCCCUACGACGAUAGGGUCGAAUGCGGCGAGUUGCCCUUAUGCGGCACCAUCGGGAGAGAGCAGCUCGUCAGUUUCUUCGGCAGAGAGACGGUUCAGAGCGCACUGGGAUUUCAAAAUUUCACUUUUGAACCGGUGAACUGGGCGUUCAACGAUAAAUGGAACGAACAGUCCGACGUGACCAUACCAUCGUCUAGGGAACUGACGCGGCUGUUAGACGAGAAAGAUACCCCAGUAAUCGUCUUGAACGGGAACAAUGAUAUCGUGGUGAACACGGAGGGUAUCAUGCGUAUCCUAGACAGCCUGCCGUUCAGGGAUCACGCGAGGUUCCUCACCACGCCGCUGGAGCCGUGGUACUUCUCCAGUUCGGGAGUCAAGACAAAGGGAGGUAUGACCAAGCACAUUGGGAAUCUGGCCAUCGUUUCGGUUGACGAGGCCGGGCAUAUGAACCCCCAUGACCAGCCUGAGGCGACACUACAUGUCCUGGAAAGAUGGAUUCAGAAGAGGCCUUUAGUCAGCUAGAACCAUGAAUCAGAUAUAAUCAAAUUUAUUUCGUAAGGGC